GCCGGGAGGUCUCCCCCGAGGCCGCCCUGUGCCGUUGGGCCGGCGGCCGGGCGGUGCCGGGCCGGGAACCUGGGGGUCCGCAACUUUGCGCGGGAAGUUUCCCUGCCGGGGUCCGGUUUCUGCGGAGCCGUCGGCGCCGAGGGGCCUCCUGCAGUCCGGCUCCCGCAGCAGGCCGCCCGUUUCCCUGGACACUCGUGCCCUGUGUCGCCCCCAGGCUGCCUCCUGGAGCGGGGCCGUCGGAGACUGCAUGGAGACCCCGCAGAGAAGACUUCCUCCAGGUGAGCGGGGUCGGUGGCCGCCGGCUCCCGGUGACUUGGAGCUUUCCCUGCGGCGACCGCACGCGCAGAAAUGAGGAAUCCAGGUCUGCCGCUGCCCGCAGAGUGAGCGGCAGGCAACGGACUGAGGGCCGCCCCGCAAAAGAUGGACCCCUGUGAAGAUCUGGAAAGGUCCAGCCAUAAGUCUCUGGACUCCAGGGAGACCGGGCCUCCGGAACUUAAAGGACCACGGGCCUGCGACCCUGAGGCCCUGGGGAAAGGACACGAGGAUAUGUGGAGCCAGAAGUAUCACCUGCAGAGCCCACGCGCGGAGAGCAGCAACAGUGAACGGCAAGAUCGAAACAGAGUUUCCGAAGAGCUUAUGAUGGUUGUCCAAGAAAUGAAAAAAUAUUUCCCAUCAGAGAGACCCAAUAAGCCGAGCACUCUAGACGCCCUCAACUAUGCCCUUCGUUGUGUACACAGUGUGCAAGCAAACAGUGAGUUUUUCCAGAUUCUCCGUCCGGAUGGAGCACCUCGAGCAGAUGUGACCAGGUACAGUCUUGAGGAACUGAGCACGGUUGCUUCAGAACAUGCCUCCAAAAACACAGAUACCUUUGUGGCAGUGUUUUCAUUUCUGUCUGGAAGGUUAGUGCACGUUUCUGAACAGGCCACUUCGAUCCUGAACUGUAAGAAGGGUUUCUUGGAGUCCUCGCACUUUGUUGAACUGCUCGCCCCUCAAGAUGUGAGGGUGUUCUGUGCACACACUGUCCACGCUCAGCUUCCCUUCUGGAACAGCUGGACCCGAAGAGCAUCUCAGUACAAAUUCGCUCCGGUGAAAUCCUUUUUCUGCAGGAUCCGUGGAGGCGAAGUCAGAGAGCAAGAGAAGCGUUACUACCCAUUCCGGAUUAUUCCCUAUUUGAUGCGCGUACAUGUCUCUACCCAGCGGGAACCUGAGUCGUGCUGUCUCACCCUGGUGGAGAAAGUUCGCUCUGGUUAUGAAGCUCCUCGAAUCCCGAUGGAUAAAAGAAUUUUUACCACAACACACACCCCAGGGUGUGUUUUUCUUGAAAUAGAUGAAAGAGCGGUGUCUCUGCUGGGUUACCUACCUCAGGAUCUGCUGGAGACAUCCAUCUUGGCGUAUGUGCACCCCGAAGACCGUUCUCUCAUGGUUGCCAUACACCAAAAAGUCUUGAAGUAUGCAGGUCACCCUCCCUUUGAACACUCACCCAUUCGAUUCCGUACCCAAAAUGGAGAUUACAUCAUAUUGGACUGCAGCUGGUCCAGCUUCGUGAACCUGUGGAGCCAGAAGGUUUCUUUCAUCAUCGGUCGGCAUAAAGUUCGAACGAGUCCGCUGAAUAAUGAGGAUGUUUUCGCGACCCGAAUAAAAAAGACGAACCAUAAUGACAAAGAUGUAACAGAAUUGCAAGAACAAAUUCACAAACUUCUCUUACAGCCGGUUCACACGAGCGCCUCCGGCAGCUACGGGAGCCCGGGCGGCAGCGCCUCGCGGGAGCAGCGCGUCGGGAGCGCGUCGUCUAGUGAGGCCGGCGGGCCCCGCGCCGCGCACGCGCACGGGGAGCCGCUGACUUUGCAGCAGGUCUCCGUCCGUCUAAACAAAAUUAAGAAUCUCGGUCAGCAGCUCUACAUUGAGUCAAUGGCCAAGUCACCAGAUAAGCAAGUGACGGCGAUGCGCACAGGACGGCUUAGCGAUGAGCAGAAGGUCUCUUCUGCCUUCCUGACGUUGAAAGACAAUAGCAUGCACGUGGAGUCUAGUGAAGAUUGGAGAAAAGACCAGCAUAGCCCAUCUUAUCAGCAAAUAAACUGCAUUGACAGUGUUAUCAGAUACCUGAGGAGCUGCGACGUUCCAUCUUUGAAAAGGAAGAGUGCGUCCUCUUCGUCCUCGGAAGACAGACAGAACCACAAGGCAAAUGAUGCCCAGACCUUGCACGCUGCACCUCAGACCCCAGCCACAGCUCACUUGGAGAUGUCUACUGCCAGGCGGUCCGCAGACGCUGCAGGACGCGCCCCCAGGAGCCUGUCCCCGGCGGUGCUGAGCCUGGGCUCUGGCACGAGCCAGUGUAGCUACGGCAGCACCGUUGUCCACGCCCCGCCGCCAGAGUCAGAAGCGACUCUGGCAGAGGAUGCUGUCCCAGCAUGUGAGCCCUGGACCCCGUGCUCACACCCAGGUCCGUGUACCUCAGAAGAAUUUCAACAAGUAGGGCUCACAAAAGCCAUGCUGUCGGCCCACGCACAGAAGGAGGAACAGAAUUAUGUUGAUAAAUUCCGAGAAAAGCUCCUGUCAUCGCCCUACAGAGCCUGUCUUCCGCAAGAAAGCAGAAGCAAAGCUAAACAUUUGUACGUUCAAGGAGGCCCCGCUUCCAAGCAGAGCAGCGCGGCCGGCGGCAAGAAGGGGAAGCACAAGGGGAAGAAGCUGCCACAGCUGCCGGGCAGCAGUGGUACUAAGGACGCCUUCUGUCCCCACUUGCGAGGGGACGUCCAGGACACACAGCCCUGGGGCCCCUCCCCCGCCUCCUCCCCGUGGGCCUCCGGCCUGUCGUGCCCGGCUCCUUCCCCCGUCCCGGCCCUGCCCCGUGGCAGCAGUGGCUCCCUUCGAAUGUCUGUUGAGCCACGUUUGCCCAACUGCUUGCAGUCUUUUCCUGGCCCCCCUCCUCUCUACUUAGAUACUUUGAUGACCAUUUUCCUGCACGAACCCCCUGUCUGUCCCCUUUUGUCACCAUCCUUCCCCCCAUAUCCGUUCUUGGGAGCACCAGACUCUUGCGAAAUUCCACCCUCAGCAUCAGCAGUGGCUGCCAGCCUGGAACCCCCGUGGUCGGUCCUCAGCCGAAGGUGAGCUGAGGGGAAAUGGGAGACGCCGCGUGAAGAGCACGCACUCACUACCUCGAGGAGCAGCUCACCACUGUGGCUCAACUUACGGCAGGAAGACACGCUCAGAUCCCGCGAAUCUUCAGAUCAGAUGAGAAGGGGCAUUUGCCCAGAAGCCGAGGAUCGUGUCGUAGGCAACAGCGGGAAUAAGCACAGUUACACGGCAUUACUUCACGAGGAGUCUCCUUCCAGAACAGGUUCUGUAGCAUCAGGAAGCAGUGACCACAGUAUAUACUCCACCAGUGGUGAUUAUUCUUCUGAAAUCACCUCACAGGGACAGCAGUCUCAGGAUGUACAGAAGAAAGAAACAUUUCCCAAUUUUGCUGAAGAGUCCAUGUGGAGAAUGAUAAAACAGACAUCUGAGUACAUUCUAAUGACAUAUCAGGUACCUGAGAGGGUGAAAGAGACCGUGCUGAAAGGGGACCUGGAGAGGCUGGCGGGCAUGCGGCCGUGGCAACCCCAGUUUUCACGUGCGCAGAAGGAGGAGCUGGCCAAGGUGCACUCUUGGAUUCAGAGUCAGACUGUCCCUCGAGAAAUAGACAUCAAGGGAAGCACAGGCUGUGUCACCUGCGAAAGCAAAGACUCCCUUGGUGACGCCGCAGAGUCCUGUGGUCAAGCUCCAGCAGCAAACGGCAGUUGAGUGGCCACGGAGAUGGCACCUGCCGGACAAGCAGACCUCUUGGUGUGUCUCUUUAACCCCUGACUCCUACAUGGCCAUGAAGCUAUCGGUGAAUGUGAAGGUUUUCCCUUUUGGACUUUUUAACAGGCAUCAUUUUUCUGAAACAGACGUUGUAUAUACCGUCUUUCAUUCCUGUGUUCCUGGUGUAUUAAAGCUGUCAGUCAGCUUCUCUUUCUGGUUGGCCGUGCUCUGAGCAGAUUGGAUGGCCUCUAGAGAGGUGCGUGCACAGCGACACUUGACUUCGGGUGUCACCCAAAAUGGAUGGUAGUUAGAAGUAUGGCUAGAAGUAGCCCCGAACGUAGCCUCGUUUAUUUCGUUCUGUUGUUACGUGGAUCAUUUUCCUGUGGGAGGACGUAGGACGUCCCACCUGCAGGCCGUAUACUGUUCGGAAUGGUUUCCGUAAGUUGCGUACUUUCAUGCGGCCUGUGCACAACUUGGUGCUUCCCCCCGAGAUUAAGAGGAGACGUCCCGCUUCCUCACGAGGCCAAGUCACUUCAGUAUUUACCAGUGUUAGAAAAUACCGCCCAUUGGUACACUGGGAAUAGCUGGCUUUUAGGUUUGGAUUCUGAGCUUUAUUCCUAUAGAUGCCUUUCCUUUUAAUUUUCCACCUUCCACUGAAAUUCCCAAAGUCUUAAAAACCAGUCUACUUACAAUGAGCUUAUUCCUUGGGGUUAAGUUAGCUUUUGCAUGUGUAACAUUAAAACAAAAAGAGCUCUUCACUCAACCAGUGGCAUUCUCCUUUUUAAGGUUCUGGUUUUUAAAAUAACGAUUGUAAAGAGUUUCAGAAGUGACGUAAGAAAUAAUGCUCUUCCUUUAUGCCUAUGUGUUUGAACGUUGUCUCACCAAAACUAACACUUAACUCUUUCUUUCCAACCAACUUACACACAAGAGGUCUGUCCGUCUUUGCCAGAGGUCUGUAAGUGCCGUGGUGGCUUCCCGGUGACAGCCGCGGUUCGCGGGAGCUCCGUGGUCCUCACGGGGGUGCAGCGUGGCCGCAGAUCAGUGCUUCCUACUCCGGCCCAGAUGGUGUUUGUGAAGAAGUGAGUGGGUUGUUAACUUGCUAAGUCCCUGUUCUCGAGAGAAAUCCGUGAUUCCUGCCCAGACUUGGAGGGACUCAUGCGGUUCACACCCACACAGAUCAGAAAGGAGUAGAAGCAAAGGAGCAGGACCUUCUAUCUUUUAUAUAACAGACUGACUGAUCUUUCGUGUUUUGUUGCUUUGUUUCAAGCAAACUCUCUUCCUCCCUCCAAGUUUGAUACCUUUUGUAAAGUACAUAUAACUGAUAAUAAUUAGGAGACUCGACCUCUUCAUCCGUGAGGACUGCGGAGCCCUGAUUCUCAAUUCCCGUAGCUCAGGUGUCCUUUCUAAAGUAGAGUUUUCUGGAGGGUGAGUCCAUCUUAAGGUGUCAGAACCAUUUUCAGAUGCUAAGCAGUUCCAUGCAAAUAUGGAACUGUCAUUUUCUACUCCAUCCUGAUCAUUCAGUGAUUUCUGAAGUCCUCGUCAUCUUGGUCAAGUUGUGUGGCAUUUUUACCCUUGGUGAAAAAUCAACUUUAGAAAAACUAACCAGCCUGGGUACCGUCCAUCAGUGUAGUCAUUGCGACCUUCUGUAGGGAUAAAAGUUUUAAUUUGUACAAAUCAAAACUGAUGUGUGGCUCUCAGGGGCCACUCUGCUUCAUGCAGCCCGUUUGAAACCUUACGUUCUCUAAUAAUGGAAGCGCCUUUGUCUGGAUGUUCGUCUUACCUGCGUUUGCUGAUUUCUUUACCUUCGGACACAUCUUAUAGCACAAAUAUUAUGCCAGAUUUGGUAUGAAACCGGUGCUUGUUGUAGGCAGAUCUGUAGUUUAUAAUUUUCAUAUGUUGACACGUAGACUAGUUGGCGUAUUCAGAGAUUGUACCGCGAAGCUCGCACUGCUGGAGGGGAGAGGGCACGCUCAGCAGUGACACUGCUGCCCCCCAGGGGGGCUCUACCAACCUUUAUAUAUACUUCAUUGUUCGGGUUUAUUAACUUUUUGUAUGAAUACAGAAAUUGGUAACACGUGUCUGUACUAUAGGCUUCGAUGUCUACAUAAAUGUUACCCAGAAGGUGAUUAUUUUCUUGGAUAUGAGGUCAAGAUUUUUGAAAAACACAAUGCUGUGGGAAUGGAGUCAUUUUGCAAUUAAGUAAAAACUUCGUUAUAACUCACAAGGUAAAUUUAAUCCAAAUUGAAAUUUUGUUUCAGGUGAACUUACAAUUAAUUGUGUGAAUUUACUUGUUUUUAAUGGUUAUUAAUAUUUCAAUCAGGUAUCUUUUUUAAGGAAAAACAUAAACUGUACAUGCAGAACUGGAGACGUUUUUUUGCACUGUGUCAGUAAACCUUUGUACACACGCAUUCACAGAGUGUAAGUUGGUGUGUGCACACACACAUUAGCGGGUUUUAAAAAUUAACAAACGGGCUCUUCCUUCCAUUCUGUGAUCCUAAACCCGCCUCAGCCUCCUUCCCUGUAUAGGAGACGAUCCCCGAGUCAGCGAGCUGCACAUCUGCAGCUCACAGGAACCGAGAGCAAGCAUGUGUCUCUGUUAGGAGUUUAAAGCUCAGGGACAGGGGAUUUGAGCACGUGAACCCACCCCAUCAGAAACUGAGGAGAAUUCAGACCGCUCCCAGCCUGCGUCUACACAUCCUUCACUGUAGAGACUUUUCCACGACAAGAUGCUGAUUUUUUUAAGUGAUGAUACUGUAUGUCGUCAUUUUUAAGGGUUGAGGGGACACGCAGGAAAGGUAAUGUUUAAGUGAGUUGUAGUUUAACGGUUUCAACUAAAUUGCAUUUUUGUGACUUUUCUGCUUAGUAUUUGCUUCUGUUAAUUUUAUUAGCUUUACUUUUCAAUUUUCAGAGAGUUCUUUAUAAAUUCACGAAGGGGUGCUGGGGUGGCUUAGUUGGCUAAGCGUCUAACUCUUGAUUUCGACUCCAGUUAUGAUCUCAUAGUUUGUGGGAUCGAGCCCCAUGUUGGACUCUGGGCUGACAGUGUGGAGCCUGCUUUCUCUCUCUCUCCUUCUUUCUCUGCCCCUCCACUAUUCAUGCACACUCUCUGUCUCAAAAAUGAAUAAAUAUUUUUUAAAAAUAAAUCGAUGGAAAGAAAAAUUAUAAAUGUUCAGGGCCUGUUUAUAAAUAAAAUGACCACUCAUGGUAUUUGCAAAACAUAGAGGAUUUAUUUUUCCAAAUAGUCAUGAAUGGGGUGUAGUUCGCUUAGUUUUUUUCUAUGCUGUUUUCAAGUCAGACAUUUUUAUUUUUAACUUUCUAAGGUGGUUGUUUCUGAGUUGACUAAUAGAUGUUCAUUUUACUUCAGACACAGUAUUUCCAGAAGCAUUCAGAGGGAGAUCCACGUUUCUUAUAUUGCUUCCUGAUUCUGGCCAAAAGAUGACUCAGGAAAAUGUUAGGAUCUUGUCCAAAGAAAGCUUGAAACUAGAACAAUACACAAAAACAAAAAACAUAGGUUAUCAAUGAAUUAAGAUCGCUGCAAGAAAAAGGAACUGUAGUUAAGACAUAGGACCUUUGAAAAUCGUUUGCCAUUGUAAUUGCAGUAUGAACCCAGAGUAUGGCUCUGGAAGGGCUCCCUGUGCCCAGCCAGGGGUCCACCAAGUCUGUGUAGCCCUCUGAUGGCCAUGAAGUUUCCUAAGCCCUCACUGACCUCUUUCUGUUUAAAUAAUGUCAGUAACAUGUUCUGUACAGUUACCAUCUUGUGUGUAAAAUAGGGCUUGUAUUUCCCCUGAAAUUUACCUAUUUAAGCAUGGACCCUUUGGUUUGUUUUUAUUGUAGAAUUUCAUGAGCAAAUCCUCCUAAUUACCUUUGUGGUUUUAGAGUCUUUAACCAUAAUCCUUCCACUCAUAAACAUCUGAAUGAUAACUUUUAGUCACAUGCAGAAGCUACACCAGCCCCUUCUGGGGGGGGUUCAUCCCUGUUGGGACCUCAGGUGGUGAACACCAUCUCCAGGAUCGAGUGUUUCCAGUGUAUUUUUAUAAGGAUGUUACUGGGCACUAAGCCAAAAAACAAAACAAAACAACAACAACAAAAACGGUCUCUGGUCAAAUGUUUGGGGAGAGCUUGGUUAAAGUUGAGCACUGAAUAAGGUCUGGUAGGCACAUUUUAUACACAUCAAAACUUAGAAAAAACAUGCUCCAAGAUAACACUGAUUGGCCAGUUACUUGAAGGCAUGAUUUCUACCCCAAACGCUACCCAGUUCAAGAAUGUAGGAUCCUCUAAAGUCAAGGUGUAAAAUGCCUCACCCAGCUCUCCUAAAUAUGGUCACUUACCUGUCUCAUACCUCCUCGCGGGUUAGCAGUGCCAGUACCAAGACCUGGAAAACAGUGUUUGAAAACCAUUCAUCAUCAGAUCUGUGGUUUCUAUUUAAUGCUUGUCUUAUUUAAAACACACAAAAUAGAGUAUUACUGAGUCGUGCCUAGUUUCUGAUCUUCCUGUUUUCACUCUGCAGCAAUAUUUACCUGAAGGCUGCUGGGCAAGUACCCUUGUGCUUGUCUCUGAUGGAGUUCACAGAGGGCGCUGUGUUCUCCCCAGUAGUCCACUCAGAACAUUUUACAUGAAUGAACUUCUAUUAAACAGUGUCUAUUAAAGGCUCCAUUUUGUUUGCAAAAUGUUUUGAGCCUUGGUGUCAUUGCUCAGUGGAAUCCAGUUGGAGAAACUAGUAAGAGCUAACAUUUUGUCGAUAACUGCAUGUGAUUGCGGUGAGCAUUUCACUUGCAUUUUCUCACUGACUUCACAAGAGCCCCACGAGGUGGAUAUUUGUAUGAAUCCUGUUUACUGGUGAUGAAACUGAGGUACCAGAAGAUUAAGUAAUUUGCAUAAGAUUUUAACAAGUAGAAACCCAGAAUUUAAAUUUGCACUUAUUGGGCCCCACAUCAGGCUCUCCGCUGACAGCACGGAGUCUGCUUAGGAUUCUCUUUUUCCUCCGCUUCGCUCUGUCCCUCCCUUGCGUGCACAUGCGCGCUCUCUCUCUCUCUCUCUCUCUCUCUCUUAAAAUAAAUAAACAUUUUAGGGGCGCCUGGGUGGCUCAGUCGGUUGAGCGUCCGACUUCGGCUCAGGUCAUGAUCUCACGGUCCGUGAGUUCGAGCCCCGCGUCAGGCUCUGCGCUGACAGCUCAGAGCCUGGAGCCUGCUUAGGAUUCUGUGUCUCCCUCUCUCUCUGACGCUCCCCAUUCAUGCUCUCUCUCUGUCUAAAAAAUAAACAUUAAAUAAAUGAACAAACAAACAAACAUUUUUAAAAAAAUAAAUAGGGGCGCCUGGGUGGCUCAGUCAGUUAAGCAUCCGACUUCGGCUCAGGUCAUGAUCUCACGGUCUGUGAGUUUGAGCCCCACGUUGGGCUCUGUGCUGACAGCUCAGAGCCUGGAGCCUGGUUCAGAUUCUGUGUCUCCCUCUCUAUCUGCCCCUCCCCUGCUCAUGCUCUGUCUCUCUCUGUCUCAAAAAUAAAUUAACAUUAAAAAAAUUAAAAAAAAAUAAAAUUGCACUUAUUGGGAAUGGAUAACACCCUCCUUCCUCUCCAAAAUAAAUGUGUACAGAAAAAAAAAUGUAGAUAUGCUGAGGUACCAAGGAGAGCAUGAUGCUUGCAAGGAGUUGGUGAGAAAGAGAAAACACCAAAUUGCAGAGGAGUCUUUACACCAGAAGCGGAGAGUGUUGGGCAGUUUAUUAGCAUGUUUUAUAGAACAUCUUUCUAUUCCAAAACAGGUUUUUACCUCACAUAGUGGAUGAGAAUAGAGAGUAAUUCAGUAGCAAUAAAAUCAGACAGCCUGUACACGCAUGAAUUAUUUUACCUGCUUUCCUAAGACUGUCGCCUCUCUCUGCCCCUAACGUCUCCAGCAUUUGCAGGAGGGACACUCUUUCCAGUUCAUCCAAGGUUGAUCUUGCGUCUCCAUCAGGUGCUACACAGAGUAAUAGAAGAGCUAAACUCUACUGCUUCCUGAACACAUCCCUGCCACAGGACCUUUGCAAUGACUGCUGCCGACCUGAAACGGUCUUUGUUCCGACAUGUGCCUGGCUCUCUUCCUCACCUCCUUCACGUGUUUGCUAGAACGCUACCUCCUACGUGAGUCCCUCCCUGACCCUGCUGCUUAAAAAUUGCAACAAAGCUGCCCACGACCUUAA